AUGGAUUCAGACGGAAUGGCGAACAUGGUAUUAUUGAACAAGUGUGAUGAAAAUCAAUUAAUAAGAAACCUAAAAAAGCGAUUUCAAAAGGGAUUAAUCUAUACAUACAUUGGUGAUAUUUUAGUUAGCGUGAAUCCGUACAGAAUGUUAUCAAUAUACACCAACAAAUUAAUUUUCAAGUACUACAGCAAAAAUGACGUUGAAGAUAUGCCACAUGUUUUCGCAACAUCAGCUAAUGCAUUCAAAUCAUUGAACGAAUAUCAUCGAGAACAAUGUAUUUUAAUAUCAGGAGAAUCCGGUUCAGGAAAGACAGAAACGUCCAAAAAAGUUUUGCAAUUCAUCGCUACUGUAUCCCGUGGAGUUGAGACAAUUAAAGAUAAGCUUAUAGUGUCCAAUAUAGUUUUAGAAGCAUUCGGUAAUGCUAAAACUAUUAACAAUGAUAAUUCUAGUAGGUUUGGAAAGUAUAUGGAUGUCCAAUUUGACCAAUCAGGGCAACCUAUUGGUGGAAAUGUCUUGAACUAUUUACUAGAAAAAUCUCGAGUAGUAAAGCACAGAGGUCAAGAGAGAAAUUAUCAUAUAUUCUACCAGUUGAUAAAUGGAGCAGACGAAUACUUAACACAAUUACUUGAAAUUGAUAAAGAAGUAGAUUACUCUUAUUUAAAGCCUUAUGGAUACAAUUAUGACAAUAGCCACCCGCAAAAAAACCAUGACGAAGAAGAUUCAAUUAAGUAUAGAGAGACUUUAGAGGCAUUACAAGUACUCGAGUUUGAUCUAGAUGAAAAGAUGAAUAUUUUAAAAAUUGUCGCUAGCAUUUUGCACUUAGGAAACAUAAAAAUUAACCAGUGCGACGGAAAAUGUAAAAUCGAUAACACUAGCACAAUGCGGAUAGUUACUGAAUUGUUGGGCGUUCCAGAAGCAGAUUUAAACUUCGCUCUAACUAACAAAACAAUAGAAGCCAAUGGUGAAGUGAUACGAUCACAACUGGACUUGGAAACGUCAAUAUAUGCUAGAGACGCAUUGGCCAAAGCGAUUUAUAGUAGAUUGUUUGAAUGGUUAGUAUCACAUAUAAACAAAACUUUACAGCCUACAUCUAUAACUCCAAGGAAAACCAAUCGAAAUAACAAAACAAAAUCUAUUGGCAUACUCGAUAUUUAUGGAUUUGAAAUUUUACAAAACAACGGUUUCGAACAGUUUUGUAUCAACUAUUGCAAUGAAAAAAUGCAAAAAUUUUUUGUUGACAUGACACUUAAAGCAGAACAAGAAGAAUACCUGAGUGAAGGUGUUGAAUGGACACCAGUCAAGUAUUUUGACAACAAAAUCAUAUGUGAUAUGAUUGAAGAUAGAAAUAGAGGGAUCAUAUCGUGUUUGAACGAUGAAAACUUAAUACAAGCAGAUGCUUCAAGCGUAAAAUUCUUGCAUGAGUUAUCAGAGAGAAUCAAAGACCAUGAGUACUUUACUUGCUAUGAAUUAGCAGACUUACAGUCCAAGAAAAAAGCAAUAGCGCUUAUGGAAUUCGAAAUAGUUCAUUUUGCAGGCACAGUACGAUACGACGCGAGUGAUUUUCUGGAAAAAAAUAAUGACCCUCUGUUUUGUGACUUAAGUCAAGUAAUGUCAAAAUCUACUAAUGAAAUUAUUAAGGUGAUAUUUUCUGACUGCAAAACACCGAACAAAAAAAUACCAGAAACUACAUUAAAACAGUUUAAAAGAAGUUUGAAUCAACUCAUUAAAACACUUAUAACCAAACAACCAUCAUAUAUUAGAUGCAUCAAACCGAAUGACUUUAAAGACCCAACUGAAUUUAACUGGGAACUAGUUCGGAAUCAAGUUACGUUUCUUGGAUUGGGAGAAAUAUUACGAAUCCGAAAAGCAGGAUUUGCGUUUCGUGAUUUAUUUGUGUCAUUUCUCACAAGAUACAAGUGUUUAUGUCCAGAUACGUGGCCACAUUGGAACAAAAAGUUUAAGCCUGUUGAAGCAGUAAGACGUCUGAUUCAAUAUUUAGGAUUCACUGACAAUGAAUAUAAAAUUGGAAAAAAUAAAAUAUUAAUCAAACACCCAAAAACUGUGUUCGAUAUCGAAACUCGUUUUCAAAGUCAAAGACACAUAUUGGUUACCACAAUUCAGUCCUUAUGGAGAGGACAUAUAACUCGUAAGAGGUUCUUGAAGUUAAAGGAUGUUACCAUACAAUGUCAACGAAUAUUUAAAGAGCGACAACGACAAAGACGAUUACACAAAAUCAAAGAGUACGAAAUCGUUUCCGGACGAGUAAUAUUGAUUCAGAAAAAUGUCAGGCGAUUUUUGGCCAUCCGGAAAUACCGGAAAAUAUUAAACGCCAUGGCGGUUAUUCGAAAAUUUAUUAGAGGAUUUAUCACUAGGAAUGAACCUCCCAAUAAGUAUAACCAUCGGUUUAUAGGGUACAAGAGAGCAAGAUUUUUAAUAUCCUUAUCCAAAUCGCUCCCUAAAAACUUAAUAUCUGAUCAAUCAUGGCCCGAACCUCCAGAUUGUUGUUCUGAAGCUCUCUCGCAUAUUAAGAAGUUACAUCGCGUUUGGCUAUCUCAGGUUUAUCGAUUGGAGUUGGGCAAAAACCCAGAAUUAUACGAACAGUUGAAAUUUAAGCUUCAUGCAUCUGAUAUUUUUAAAGGGAAGAAAGCUUCUUACCCUGAAAGUGUACGCUACAAAUUUCAAGUGAAUCGCGAUGGAUUUAUGACAGAUUUUAAAUUAUCCACUUCGUCAAAUGAUUUUGAUGAAGGAACUAUAAAUGAAUACCUAUACGCUUCAUGGAUAACAAAAUUUGAUAGGAGGGGAUAUAAGCCUAGAAAAAGAUUGUUAAUCGUAACCAAGGAUGUCCUGGUAUUUGUAGAAAAAACAGAUAAGUAUAGCAAAACAAAAGACGUGGUGCCCUUAAAGUAUAUUUCAGGUUUGCAGAUGACCAACGGAUUGGACAAUUUUUUGCUAAUUUCUGUGUCCAAUCAACUGGAAUUUUCGAAAGGUGACAUUUUAUUGGAAGUUCCAUACUUGAUAGAAUUUGUAACAGUUAUUGCAAAAAGAAUAUGCGGUCAAGUGGAAUUUGCUGAUAUGCAAAGAAACGUCUAUAUGCAACACCGUAUUAAAAACAUGAAAAAUCCAGGAACAAUAGAUUUUAUAUUAGUCGGUGACUGUAAGCAAAAGGGCGUAAUUAGCAGAGGAAAUAAAGGACAUCUGACCAUAACAGGAUAAAUAAUGUUUGAUUUCAAAAAAAUGAAAUGGAGAAGUUCUUAAAGAGAUUUUAACUAAUAUAACUUCAUACAAUGAAAAAUUAAUAAUUUUAUAUAUUUUAUUAACGUGA